AUGUACUUUUAUUACAAGAAAUGGCAGGGCGAGCCGGGCGGGGAGGAGAUGGGGGGAUUUACACGCGUGUUGCACACGGGGAAGGAAGACGAGCUCAUGGGGGAAAUCCCGACCUUCGUCGUCAACCCGCUGCCGCCGCAGCAACAAACGGUGCCACGGGCUACGUAUGGAUGGCGGAAGCCAGACCACCUCAUUCUGCGCCCCAUCCCCAACCUCUCAGUGGGCGACAUGCCUUCAGCCUUCCCCUUCCAUUACAUUGAACCCGCCAAGAAUAAAGGUUUGGGCCUCGCCCCGCUGUGGCACAAAGUGACCCUCGAGAUGAAGGCAGAGCAGCGGCUGACAAGACUGCACGAAUGCACAUGUGCCCCUCUUCCCCGCUCCUUUCUCUUCUCCCCUUCUCCUUCCCCCCACUUUCUGCGUCGCCUCACCCCGCUGUGGCACAAUCACUUUCUGCGUCGCCUCGCCCCGCUGUGGCACAACGUGACUCUCGAGAUGAAGUCUGAUCCAGUGGCUGAUAAGGCGUUCGGAUGGGUGCUGGAAAUGUACGGUUAUGCCACGUCAGCUGCUCUGUUGGGGAUACAGCACACUCUACACCGCAUGUGGAUGAUCCAGCCACCAUGGGAUACUAAGCCCGGGGACUCCUACCUCAUCCACUACACAUACGGCUGUGACUUUGCCUUAAAUGGAACAAUGACUCCAGGGGUGGUGGGUCCCUGGCACUUUGACAAGAGGGAUUUCAACACAGCACCACCUCGCAACCUCUCCCUCCCACCCAAAGGAGCUGCCCCUUCUGUUUUCAAGCUGCUGCCAAGAGCUCAGCGAAAUGCAACCUCCUUCGUCAAGCCAGUGCGGCUGCUGCAGAGGCUAUCAGCAGAGGAGGAGGAGGAGGAGGAGGAGGAGGAGGAGGAGGAGGAGGAGGAGGAGGAGGAGGAGGAGGAGGAGGAGGAGGAGGAGGAGGAGGAGGAGGAGGAGGAGGAGGAGGAGUCCGAGAAGAGGUGGAUGAGACACGCACUGCGGCUGCUGCAGCUGCUCUCACUGCGACUCAAGCUGCAACACCCGCUGCUCUCCUCUGCUCCCUCCUUCCCACCGUGCUCCACACCCAACCAGGCCGCAACCUUGGCUGAGGAAGCAACAGCCUUAACAGUAGGAGAGGCUACUGAGUUCUCUUGA